UGCAGGGCUGUGUUUAUGAGUGUGUGUUUGUCAGCAGCAUGGCAUAGCCCAGCCUCAGAAGGAAUGACAGGACUCGGAGAUGGGGGACGUGCUCAGAGUGAAUAAAUCAUGCUAAUUGUUUUGGGAAGACUGUGAAAGACCCAAGAUGAAGGCACAGAGGGAGGCUUUCUCUCGGGCAUCAGCUGCUUUUGCUGCUCCUCUCCUCUUGAUCCUUGCAGUUCUGAUUCACUCAGCAUGUGUUCAGGGAGUGAACAUCACCAGUCUCGAGUCUCUAAUCAGAGGGACGGUGGGCGGAGAAGCUCUGCUCCCCGUCCGAUACUCAAGCACCAGUCUGGAUCUUCCUGUAAUCAAAUGGCAGCUGAAAAGGGACAAACCUAUUACAGUGGUCCAGUCCAUUGGCACGGAGAUCAUUGGAAACCUGCGACCAGAAUACAGAGACCGCAUCCUUGUGUUUGAGAAUGGAACGCUGCUACUCCAUAAUCUCAAGCUGUCUGAUGAGGGCACAUAUGAAGUAGAGAUCUCCAUCACCGAUGACACCUUCACUGGAGAGAGCAGCAUCGAUCUGACAGUGGAUGAGCCAAUUUCUAAGCCACAUGUCCACAUGGUCACCUCCACCGUGCUGGAACUGAUGGAGAAUUUCACACUGAACUGCACCCAUGAAACAGGCACUAAGACCACCUACGGCUGGGCUAAAGGUGGUCAUCCAUUACUCAACGAGACCCGUCUGCUGCUGUCCCCGGAUCAGAAGGUCGUGACCAUCACACGUAUUCAGAUGGUUGAUGAUGACGUCUACAGCUGUAUGGUGGAGAACCCUAUUAGUAGCAUGAGAAGUCUACCAGUCAGACUCACCGUUUAUAAAAGAAGCUCUCUUUAUAUCAUACUGUCUACAGUUGGCAUCUUCCUCCUUGUCACCCUUGUAACUGUGUGUGCUUGCUGGAAGCCGUCUAAAAAAUCAAAAAAACAGAAGUCCAAAACUAUCAAACCACGAUCCAAUUCUCAAAAUCAUCACAUCAGGUAUCGAGACGUCAAUCCAGAGGAUGAUGCCAUCCCAGUAAUGACUGAUCACGAGCGCAGGAAUCCUGUAUCACUCUACAUCUUAAAAGAGAAGGAUUCUCUUCCUGCCGAACCAGCGUCAACGUGUGAAACAUGCACCUCCAACAGCAGCAGCCCACCGAACUACAGCAGCUCAGUACCUCCUCCAUCCGACUUGCUUGAGCCGCCAGCGCGCUCCUCUCGCAGAUACCCUCGCACCCACACUAAAUCCCCACCGCACCAUCGCCGGAGGAAGGGACACAGUCAGAGCCCACCAGCCCCCUCCUCGCCCAGCAGCCGAGGGUCUGUUCGAGCCUCUCAGCGCACUGCGUCCUUGUCUCCAACCAGGAUUCCUGAGGAUCCAUCCACCCCUCCACAGGAACCCAGAGGCUCCCCAAACACAUAGAUGAUAGCAUUGACCACGUCUACCGACUAGCCCACAUGCUGCAAAAAGACAGAUACUGUACUGACCUGUGCAAAUACUUUUGCAUUAAUGUACAUGUACAUGUUUGCUACAAACCUGUUUAGCUUUAUCAUGUUAAGACACAUUUUCAAAAGCACUUUUUGAUUGUUUAGUUGCUUCCACACGCUAGGACCUCUUCACUCUCCGUCUGGGUACUUCAAUGUGAUUGCGUUGGCUUGACAAAGCUUUCAAGCCAUAUCCACCAAAUAUUUAUACACCAAUAUUUUAUUAAAUACUUUGCAUAACACAUUAGCAACCAGUCAGAACACCUUAACGGCCAUCUACAGAGCAACCAGCCAACACCUUUGCAACUACCUAGCAACCAGCCAGAACACCCGAGGACAGGGUUCCUCAAAUCCGAUCCUGGAGUGCCGCUGCACUGCAGAGUUUAGCUGGAACCCUAAUCAAUCUCACCUACAUGUGAUUCUCUAAUGAUCCUGAAGACCUUGAUGAGCUUCCUCAGGUGUGUUUGAUCAAGGUUGGAGCUAAACUCUGCAGGGUAUAGGCCCUUCAGGACAAGACUUGAAGAACCCUGCACCACUGCCUAGUAACCAGUGUUAUUUUAGUAUUAGUGAGAUACCAUUAAAGUUUUUGAAAUAUUUGAAUUCAUUUGUAUUUCACGUUUUCAUUUUAAUUAAAAUUAUAAGUAAAUUUGUUGUCAUUCUGUCAUGUAAUUAGUUAUUCUUUUUUAUGUCUUUAUAGUUUCUAUGAAUUUUAUUUCAGUCUUAGUUUCAGUUAUUUUAGUACAUCAAGGCUGCACCCAAAAUCCCAUACUCUCAAUAAGGUACAUAUUCUGAAGUAAUUACUCCACGACUGCAUAAAAGUAUGUUCUAUAUUA